AUGUCAAUUUCCAUUACAAAAUCAAAUAAAUUAUGUGGAAGUUCUAGAACAGAUUCUUAUCCAACUUUUGCUAUUUCUGAACCUUUACAGAGUUCAAUAGAAUAUUACAUGCCAUGUUGUUUAUCUGAAGAAAGUGAAUUAUCUAAAGUAGCUUGUCAAAUUUAUGCUAUUUUAGUAAAUUCAGCAUCAUUAGAAAGAUUAUUUUCUUCAAUGAAAAAUAUUCAAACACCUAUUAGAAAUAGAUUACAGUAUGAUAAAGUAUUAAAAAUAGCUCAAAUUUAUGAUGAACAAGAUUCAGAAUUAGAAGAAUUAGAUUUUGAAGAAUUUAAUUCUUCAAAUAAAACAUUAAUUAAGAAGGAAAUUGAAGAAGAAUUAGAUGAAUUUAAUUCAAAUUCUUUUGCUACUCUUAAUAGUAUACAUCCUACUAAUGAUAUAAAAGCAAAGUAG